GAAUUCCGUUCGCGCGCGGUCGCCUCCCCCACCCAUCACGGCAGACAGACGUCUCGUUCACAGCUGCCGCGCAACUCAACAGAUUACGAUUUUCGGAAUCGUAUUAUUUAAUAAUCAUUAUUAUUCCGAAAUCGAUUACCGUACACGGAAAACCACACGAAUCCGCUGCCGAGCCCCACUACAACAUUUUUUCGCCCGACCACUAUAUCUCCGUGGACCACGGGGACCAAACGUUUUUGGGGCAGUAGUGCAGUACUGCAGUACCGCGUGCAGCAAUCCUACGCGCGCGACGUUGGCUGCACACGACAGCCGUAUACGCGGUACCAGGUCGUGUCGCUCGUCCCGUCGGUUAUUGUGCUGUAAUAAUAGUAUUAUUAUAUUGAAUAUUUCAAAUAUUUGUACGGAAUAACGUGCACCACGCCGUCGACGAGACCACCACCCGUCCACACACCGCCGCCGUACAUCGUGAAGCCGUAAGACAGUAUGACUGAUACAAUAAAAGAACUUUGGCUCAACGCAGAUGCAGUAUGUUUCGAUGUGGAUUCUACAGUUAUUCAAGAGGAAGCAAUUGAUGAAGUUGCUAAAUUUUGCAACAAAGGAUCAGAAGUUCAAAAAUUGACGAGCAGUGCAAUGUCAGGUAAGAUGGACUUUAGAGAAGCACUCUCAGCUCGACUUCAGAUAAUCAAACCGUCACUGCAACAAAUUCGAAAUUUCAUCAAAGACCGUCCUUUUAAUUUGACUCCGGGCAUUAAGGAACUUGUUGGAUUAUUGCAACAGAAGAACAUUCCCGUAUACUUAAUAUCUGGCGGAUUCCGUGGUCUCAUCGGACCAAUAGCUAUCGAACUAAGCAUUCCACUACAACACAUAUACGCCAAUAAAUUAAAGUUCUUUUUAAACGGCGAUUAUGCUGGAUUUGAUGAAAAAGAACCUACAUCAAAGAAUGGUGGUAAAGCAGAAGUAAUUCAAAUGUUAAAAGAAAAAUAUGGUUAUACAAAGUUGUUUAUGAUAGGAGAUGGAAUCACUGAUUUAGAAGCAUCUCCCCCUGCUGAUGCAUUCAUUGGGUUUGGUGGUAAUGUUGUUCGAGAAGAAGUAAAGUCUAAGUCAAAAUGGUACAUUGAAAGUUUUCAAGAACUUAUCGAUACUUUGAAGUGAUUUUUUAAACGACUUUACAAUUUGGUAUAAUAAUCAUAACUGUUAAGUAUUGUGUCUGAAUGACUAUGUUUAUAAAUAUAUGAGAUGAUAAGUACUGUAUUAAUUAUAAGUACUUACUUAUUCAUUUUCCUCUUAUAAUUUGGGGACAAUAACACAACAGUUAUACUUAAUUAUUAUAUUUAUUUUUUAUUUUGAACCUCAUGUAAUUGUUUUAUAUUUUUAUUAUUUAUAAAUAAUUUGUACCCAACAUCUAGUACAGUCUAAUAAAAUAAAAUUUUAUCUA